GAUGACCAUAGACUGCAGACACAGUACAGGGGAUGACCAGAGACUGCGGACACAGUACAGGGGAUGACCAGAGACUGCGGACACAGUACAGGAGAUGACCAGAGACUGCGCACACAGUACAGGAGAUUACCAGAGACUGCGGACAUAGUACAGGAGAUGGCCAGAGGCUGCGGACAUAGUACAGGAGAUGACCAGAGACUGCGGACACAGUACAGGAGAUGACCAGAGACUGCGGACAUAGUACAGGAGAUGGCCAGAGACUGCGGACAGUACAGGAGAUGACCAGAGACUGCGGACAUAGUACAGGAGAUGACCAGAGACUGCGGACA